AGAGAACACCUGCCCCUAGAGAAAUUCAACUGCGUUUUUAUGACAGCCGUUUAUUUUCAUUCCUUUUCUCCCUUAUGUGCUAAUGUAUGCAGAUUUCAUCCAGGCAGAUUUCUUACUUAGGCAUGGAUAUGAAGCCGCCCGCCACCCAUGUGUAACGCUUAGGAAAAUUAAUGAAUGGGACCCUGAGAUUCGGGCAUAUGCAAAUCCAAGUGGUCCGCUUCUGACAUGAGAUGAGAGAGGCUGAGAAUAUUUCCCACAACCAAAUGAGAAUUUUCUUUUCUGGGUAGUGACUCAUCUACAUCCCUGACGGCCCAUUUGGGGAAAUCCCAUCUUGAUUAUAGCUGUUAGGUCCAUUAUACUCACAGUGGAGUGUCGCAUUUUUCAACAUUUUAUCAUCUUAAGAAUGUCCUCAAGUGGCCGCCUGCCCAACUUCCUUGCACUUAACCAUUGAAAUUUGGCGUCCUCAUCACAAACCAUAUCUAUACCUAUUAGCAUGUAGGCAACUUUGAUUAAUUGAUGUCCUUGCUUUAAAAUCUUGUAUUGGGGCAAGCAUGGAGACGUCAAACAUGGCUGCCCAAGUUCCACCCCGAGCCAGGACCCAUCAGCCUUGCGCUGCUUGCAGGAUGCUGAGGAGGAGGUGUGAUAGAGACUGUAUAUUGGCACCCUACUUUCCAAGCUAUGAGAUUGAGAAAUUCGCUGGUGUGCAUAAAGUGUUUGGUGCUAGCAAUGUUAUCAAAAUGAUUCAGAUGGUGGAGGAAUCGAGGAGGGAGGAUGCUGUCAAAGCCAUAAUUUAUGAAGCAACAACAAGGCUUAGAGACCCGGUCUACGGCAGUGCUGGAGCAAUUUUCCACUUGCAGAAAAUGAUUCAAGACCUCAAUACACAACUGGACUCGAUAAGAACUCAAACCCUGGUGCUUCGAGAACAAAGAGAUCAGCUGUUAGGGAUUCUAAAAAAUGUUCAUCGCAGGGAUCCAGUUUCUCCCAUUGAUUUCCCCACGUUUGGUGAUGCUGGUUCCUUAUCCAUUGAUGAUACAGUGGGCUGCGGUCCUUCCUCAUUUCCCUCAGACUGUGACUGGAUUCUGUGAGGAGUAAAAACAAAAGAGAAAACUACACAACUGCAACAGCCAUGGUUUGCAGGAAGAUUUUAGGAGAGAAAAUGCAUAUAUUUUCAUUUUCAAAGAACUCUUAUCGUACAAUCAUAUCCCCAAAGAAUAUUAGGUGGUAGAAUCCUGUUCUAGUUUACACUUUGUUAUAUAAAUGAUCGAUCCUAUAAUCUUAAUAAAAAACCAGUUUGACAGCA